GCUCACUCCAUUCCCACUUCCCAUUUACCAUUUCCCACUUCCCAUUUCAAUCGCCCGCCCUCUUCUCCCUCCGAUGGAUUCCAGGGGCUCCUCUUCCCAGUCACCACGCCCUCUGCCAAAGAAGGAGCCUCCUGGAGAGGAUCCGCUAUCCCCUUUGCCCUUGGCUGCUUCCUCCUUCCAAUCGGGCGGAGGCGGCGACGAUGGGGAAAAAAUCCCUCAGCCACUGGAGGCUCUUCGGGUUGCCCCUAUUCCUCCGUUCCUAUCCAAGACUUAUGAACUCGUCGAUGACCCCGUCCUCGACUCCAUUCUUUCCUGGGCCCCCACCGGCCGGAGCUUCGUGGUGUGGGAUCCCCUGGAGUUCUCCCGCACAGUCCUCCCCCGGCACUUCAAGCACAACAACUUCUCUAGCUUCGUCCGCCAGCUCAACACUUAUGGUUUCCACAAGAUUGACACAGAUAGAUGGGAGUUUGCAAAUGAAUCCUUCUUAAAAGGAAACAAAUAUUUAUUAAGAAGCAUAAACAGGCGUAGGUCAUCAUAUCAGGCACACCAAUUAGGCAUUCAAGUAGGUUCAUCAAGUGAAAUGGUGAAAUCUGGAUUGGUAGAUGAAAUCGACAUGCUUAGGAGUGAUAAGACAGAAUUGCUACAAGAGAUUGUGAGUUUGCAGCAGGAAAACCAAACCACACUUCAACUGAUGGAUUCACUGAAUCAGAGAAUGCAGUCCGCAGAUAUGAGGCAGAAGCAGAUGGUUUCUUUCUUGGCAAAGGUAUUUCGAAACCCAGAAUUCUUGGAUCAUCUCAGACAGAAAAAGGAACAGAACAGUAAAACUUCUUCAAGGGUGAGAAGAAAGUUCCUUAAGCACACUCUCUCCAUCAGCACAGAUUCAAUUGGAUCGAUAGAUUCAGGUGUGAGCAACAGACAGAGCGCUGCCGAUGCUUCUUCAUCUCGUACAUUGGAAGGUACUGAGCAAGCGGGGAACAAAGAAAUUCCCGAUAAUAUUUUGUCUGAUUUGAUCGAGAAACUUGGACUUCAAGUAAAUGAAAAAACUCUUACUGAAGGCUUGGAUCAAAUCCAAUGCAACACACUGUCCCCACUUUUUCUUGAUGCCAACACAGUAUCAUUGGUGGAAAAGAAUCCUGAUAGUCAAGGCCUUUCAAGUGAAAGUAGAAUGCCAGAUGCAAAAUGUCUCGCCUUCAAGGGAAAGAGUGUCGCCAGUUCAAGUCCCGAUACCGCCUCAGGUGCUUCUGAUUAUCUGAUAUCAUUUCCUUCAGAAGAUCCUCUGGAGGACAAAAUGGCUGCAGAGGUUGCAUUGAUGGAUGCAAGUUUUGACCAGGAAGAAGUGUGGAAAUCAGUUACGUGGUAUGACACUGCUUAUGAUUCCAACAUUCUUGGAACAGAUGCUAGAUUUGAUGCUCCCUGGGAUCUUGAUUUACAGAUUUCAGAUCAGGUGUUUGAUGAGAGAAACGUUGUCUGUUUAGCCUCACCUACAUUUUCAGAAGAUGAUCCAGAAAAGAUAGAGCCCUAGGAAUACGACACUUGCUGACCCUUAUUGUUUCACUAUAUGAUUACCAUGACGGAUGGUCAUGUAAUUUCCAUUGUUUAUUGAAAAUUUGAUUAUUUUUUCUACAUUUUUCUUUUUUUUUGUGUAAUUGAUUGAUUCUUUAUUAUAUAUAGGGAGAAAGAUUUGCUGA